AUGACACAAUCAAAUAUCAAAUAUAAAAGAUCUUGUACCGAUGAACUAAUGAUAAAACAAAGGGAAUUGGCCCAUCAACACAAUUAUAAAAAAAAUAGGACAACUUGUCCAGAACUAAAUAAUAAUAAAACUAAACAUAUCGGUUUUAGACAAUUAACUAAGGCAUAUUUUCAUGGACACACGAAGACAUUCGGAAAUAACACAAAAGAUAUAUACUGUAGUAUAGUUGAUUCAGAAAGGGUAACUAACCAGGAGUAUAGCCCACAGGUAAGAAAGAAUAACCAUGCAAUUUCAUUAAAGGAAGAAUUGUAUCCAGAAAAUGCACAAGAUAAAAAAUUAAUUGUCGGUAGCGACUACACAACAAGUUCCCAAACCCCUCUAGAUUUUUCGAGAUUUUCAGAUACAUCCAUUUUCUAUUCGUUUGACAACUUUUUGGAGAACAGUUUAUUAAAAAAUAAUCCUACAAGAGUAGUGGUGAAACAUAUUCCAAAAGAGAUUGGCAUCGAUAAUGUGGUCUCUCAAAUAAAAGGAGGUCCCUUGAGACAGAUAAGUUGUAUAGACACUCCACAAGAAUAUAAGGAAGCAGUAAUUGAUUUUAUAUAUCCUCAAGAUGCUACAGAAUUUUUGAAAUAUGCUAAUACAAACUUAUUCAAAGUAAAUGGAAUUCACUUACAAGCAUGUUUGUGUACUGAUAACGAAACAAAAGAAAAAAAUUUAGCACAUCUUCUUUCUUUGACUUCUAAAAAUAAGGACCCACAAAUAACUAGAUGUUUAAUAUUAAAAAAGAAUGGGAAAAAACGGGUUGUUAAGAGGUAUAGUAAUGGUUCUAGCAAUUCUUUAUUACCCUUCGACCCCCAAGAAAUUCUGGAUGACUUUUCCGUUUUUGGAGAAUUACAGGGAUUGACACCUAUUAUAUCAAGAAAAUUAUGUGUAUCUGUACUCUUUAUGGAUGUUUUUAGUGCAAUGCAAGCGAUGCGAAGCUUACAGGAUAUUAAUUCUUUCCUACACAAAAAAUAUUAUAAAACAUGGGCUAUAUGGUAUGGUCCUGAUUUAACGGAACAACCUUGUCUCACUUAA